ACAGAAAACAGUUCAGUUCCCGACUCGAAUUAGCAACGAUAUAAAGUCUUAAUUGAAGCGCGGAACUAUCAAGUUACUACCGAGUUUGAUAUUGAAUUUGAAAUAUACAAACCAUGAAGCUCAUAAUCUCCUUUGUUGCUCUGGCAAUUCUUGCGGUAGCUUCGGCGAAUAUUCAGAGGCCGAGGGAUUGGCCACCAAAAAGCACCGGUCCAACUUUUCCCAGAUACGAUAGGAUACCACGUUUUCGCAGGGAAGCAAACCCCCAAAAUUCUUUCUCUGGUACCUGGAGUAAGCCACUUUCUGGUCCGGAAAGACGUCCGUCUUACAACUUGGAUUACAAGUACAAUUUCGUAGACAAGAAUAGAGGAUCUGUUGGCGCGACUAUCGGAGCGCAGAAACUUCCUGGUCAUCGAGUGGAACCCACCGUUGGAAUUCAAGGAGAGUGGAGAUUCAAGAGGGAAGCAAACCCCCAAAAUUCUUUCUCUGGUACCUGGAGUAAGCCACUUUCUGGUCCGGAAAGACGUCCGUCUUACAACUUGGAUUACAAGUACAAUUUCGUAGACAAGAAUAGAGGAUCUGUUGGCGCGACUAUCGGAGCGCAGAAACUUCCUGGUCAUCGAGUGGAACCCACCGUUGGAAUUCAAGGAGAGUGGAGAUUCAAGAGGGAAGCAAACCCCCAAAAUUCUUUCUCUGGUACCUGGAGUAAGCCACUUUCUGGUCCGGAAAGACGUCCGUCCUACAACUUGGACUACAAGUACAAUUUCGUAGACAAGAAUAGAGGAUCUGUUGGCGCGACUAUCGGAGCGCAGAAACUUCCUGGUCAUCGAGUGGAACCCACCGUUGGAAUUCAGGGAGAGUGGAGAUUCAAGAGGGAACUAGCCGAUGCUGAAGUUACCGAAGAAGAAGCAACGGAUGUUGGCUUAGAAGAAGUGAAUGAGUCUCUGGAAAAUUAAGAUUCUGUAAAGAUGUUCAAAGAAUACUCUUCUCGCAAAAAUCUCGAAUCGUUAAAAUAAUGUAACUGGAAUUGAGAUGUGCAGUGCAGCUUUAAAAAAGUCGAUAAUUUCGUCGACAGCAUUUACUAGUAUUAAAACAAAUGAUGUCCUGUGUUAUCAUGUCAUACGAUAGAAGGGUUGUUUGUAAAUUAUUCUGAUUAUUAAUAUUUCACACAACGACCAAGAAACCCAUUUCAUCACGACUGUUAUCGCCUCCACGAUCCACUAUCUAUCCAAUAAAAAUAUAAUUAUAAUUUCAA